AUGGAGGAGAGUGGAAUAAGCCAGAAACUUUCCGCGUCUACACCAGAGAGUAAACCUACAGACGUCCUACCACUGGACGCCACUGAGCAGGCGCACUCCGCCCCGGACCACUCACUGCCUGCCUACUCCCGCUCCCUCCCUCCCCCGACGCAGGCCCUAACGUUUGGCGAUUCUGAGAAAACCUGGGAAGGAGAGAUCGUAAAGAUCACAUCUUUCAACUGUUCAGAUAGAGGAUACGCGCCAGGUCACUUCAAGGCGCGGGAGCGGAGCUUUACGGGAAAUGUAGUCUGGUGGUAUGGACCUGGCUCGUCGCGCAGCAUCCUGGGAACCGGUCCGGGCUCCAUCUGCGCAUGUACUUAUCUUAUCCUACCUCUUUGCGUUAGUGCUUUCCGCGGUCCGGUGGUCAGGUGGCGCGCUUGCCUGGGUUCCAACCUCAAACUCUUAGAAGCUGUAAAGAAAUUGGAUGUUAGUGGUGACUUGUCAGGUGACACCUAUUUUGUGGCAGAGCCAGGAGGAAAACACAGUGCAGUUCACUUUCUCACUGGCCUCCCAGCUGAGUCUGCACAGCCCUCUGCACUUUCCCAAGAGCAGCAGCAUGAACACAUCUCAGGAUAUUGCUUUAUAAAACCAGAAGUAAUCUUCAAGUUGGAACAAGGAGAAGACCCAUGGUUAUUAGAGGAUGAAUUUGUAAACAGAAGUUACCUGGAAGACUGCCAACUUGGUCUUUUAGAGAAGAGCCAGGAAAGCCAACACAAAUAUUUCUGUCAAGUCUUAUUCAACAACAAGAAAACAUUAACUACAGAGCAAGAUAAAAUUUCAGGAAAACCAGUUCAUCGGGGCAUAGACAUUUUUCCUUCAAGAAAAAUGUUCUCUAAAUGUGACACUGAUGUUCCUACAUGCUUGGAUCUCUAUCUUUUGACCCCAUAUAGUUACUCAACCAAAGAGGCUUAUGAGUUUAAUGCAUCUUCUUUCAAUACUAGCAAUGAGAGAACGAAUAGUGGAGAGAAAUAUUUUGAUUACCAUAAAGAUUUACAAGUGUUUAGUCAUGUGGAGGAACUUAUUCAGGAUCAGACUUUUCAGAUUUUGGGGCAGUCUUUUGAACAUAAUGAACAUGAUAAUGCUUUCCAUGAUAAGGCAACUUCUAUUAAAUGUUAAGAGUGCCUACAUACAAGAGGGAUCUUAUAAAUUUGGAAAAAACUUA